AUGCCAGAGACUUUAGCUACUCUUGUUGCUGAGGGGGCCCUUCGCAGGCCUUUAUCUCGUCCUGGUGUAUCUGUAUACCAUCAUUAUGGUAGGGGGGUUAAGGCUUACUUUGAGCCUGAAUGGCCAGAUCUUAUGGUCAGGCUUGGUGUUGGUGUUAAGCCUCUCGCUCUGCGGCGACUAGCAGAGCAAUACGCAACAAAGGCAAGGAUAUUUGUUGAUAAAAGAGGUUUAUUAUUAACUAUUCAUGGCUAUGAUAAGAGGGCAGUAGGUACCCUUACUAUGGAGCUGUAUAGACACCUCAAGGCAAACCCUUAUACAGCAAAAGGGGCACGUAUUGCCUUCUAUCCUAUCAAGAAAAAAAUACCCACUAAAAGAUAA